AUGCCGCCCUUGCCCAAAAAACGCUUGAUAGGCAAGCAGCCCGGCCCAGCCGAGCUCUAUCCGGAAGUGGAACUAGUGGACAGCUUCGGAAGACUCGAUCUGCCGCGGAGGAAGUUGUCACUGAAGGGUCGCAAGGCUGCACGAGUCGCAGUCUUCCCGCGGCUCUAUGCUGUGGUGGGCGUGGAAUGGGAGAACGAGGUGGCUGUGAUCUCCACACCCCCGCGGCUGACGCUGAAGGAGGCCAUGCGGGACGCGCGAAGGGAGGCAUUGAAGGAACGGCGCCAUUGGGCACAGGUGGCCAAAGAGCUUGGAGAUUUACCAACUGGAGAUGAGAUUGGCGAUGUGACCUUCAUGGUUGCGCAGCUGACCACGAAAGGUCUGAAACGCUUGAGUGCAGCCGACAACUUUGGAAAGUUCCUGAGUGCUGUCAAGAAAUUGCAGACGUUUGAAAAGCGACGAUUCAUUGUCGCGAGCUUAUGUCUCCAUCGACGUUUGCCUGCACCUGUGGCCAACGGUGUCAUGAAAUUCUGGUGA